CAAGCUCAGAUCCGGAUGAGCAGUUCACAUUCCAUUACGAAAUUCAACACGGCUUCAGAGCCAGCAGCAGCCUUAGCAGCAGCACCAGAGCUUGCUCACAUACAUACUCCACAACUAUGCGCUUCCCUUUCUCUUGUGGGGAGAAGGAGAAUAUUCCCUCUGUCCCCCAAAAAAGUACUAGAGGGUGCUGUUGAGGAAGAGGCUGAGGAUCCAGACUCUGUUACUAAGCAUACUACACUAAGUGAGGAGAGCAGCAAGCAAGAAGAUAACGUUGUUGUGCAGCAGUCAGGGGGGGAAAAUGAAGUUCCAGAGAGGGAGCCUGAAAGCUUAAACAAUCUCAAGUUAUCGCCUAGUUUACCAAACAGUUUGGAAGGCACGGAUUUAUCCUCCGUUGACGCCAUGAUGUCAGCAGUCAUGAGUGUGGGGAAGAUUGCUGAAAAUGGUGGGAACUCUCAGAACAUCAAAUCGCCAUCAAAGUCUCCUGCACCAAACCGGAUUGGCAGGAGGAACCAGGAAACAAAAGAAGAGAAGUCUUCCUAUACCUGUCCCCUGUGUGAAAAGAUUUGCACUACACAGCAUCAGCUAACUAUGCACAUUCGUCAGCAUAACACUGACACUGGAGGAGCAGACCAUUCCUGCAGCAUCUGUGGAAAGUCUCUGAGCUCAGCAAGCUCCCUUGAUCGCCACAUGCUUGUCCACUCAGGUGAAAGACCUUAUAAAUGUUCAGUAUGUGGACAGUCCUUUACCACCAAUGGAAACAUGCACAGACAUAUGAAGAUUCAUGAGAAAGAUCCAAAUGGUGCUGCGAGUACGACUCCCCCAUCUCCUCUGAAGCGCAGACGGCUGUCAUCUAAAAGGAAACUUAGUCAAGAGGCUGAGACAGACAGGGAGGAACGGACCCCUGCAAAAAAGGUUGUUGAGGAAGCUCAGUCCAGUGAAGUGGAGAAGAAGACUGAGGAAGAAGUUUAUCAUUGUCCAGUGUGUUUCAAAGAAUUUGUAUGCAAGUAUGGGCUGGAGACCCACAUGGAGACGCAUCCAGAUAACUCACUGAGGUGUGACAUUUGUUGCAUUACCUUUCGUACUCAUCGGGGUUUGCUGCGUCAUAAUGCAGUUAUUCACAAACAACUUCCGAGAGACCUAUCCGGAAAGCCUUUUAUUCAGAACAAUCCUUCAAUUCCAGCAGGCUUCCAUGACUUGGGAUUCACAGACUUCUCCUGUAGGAAAUUCCCCCGCAUUUCUCAGGUCUGGUGUGAAACGAAUCUGCGAAGAUGCAUCAGUGAAUUUCAUCGAUAUAUUUGCGAGACUUGUAACAAGGCAUUCCCCAUGCUCCCAGCACUCAAGCUGCACAAAGAAACCCACAUAGCAGAUCAGGGAAAAGAAAAUCACAAGCCAGAGUUGAUGACCCCAGCUAGUGAGAACCCAGACCAGAAAGUCUUCAUGGAGUCCUUGGGCCUACAGUACACCAAAGACAUCAAGCCUGACAAGCAGGAGGAGGAUAUGCAAGAUGAGGUCCAAGAAAUGCGGCUCAGAACACUGAAGAGUAACCUACCUCAGGACCCUGGCAGCACAGGCCUGCUCAGCAUGUCUCCUUUGGAAACCGCUUCCAUGGGAAGUUCGUUUUCAGUCCUUCCGCCUACAAAAGAGAACAUGAAGCUCCUGUCUCUGCAGCCUUUCCAGAAGGGCUUUAUCAUUCAGCCUGACAGCAGUAUUGUGGUAAAACCCAUUUCCAACGAAUCUGCUAUUGAACUGGCUGACAUUCAGCAGAUUUUGAAGAUGGCUUCUUCAGCUCCUCCUCAGAUAAGUCUUCCGCCACUUUCUAAGGCACCAUCUGCCCCUGGGCAGUCUAUUUUCAAGCAUAUGCCGCCACUGAAGCCAAAGCCCUUGGUAACUCCGCGAACAGUUGUUGCAACCUCUACACCUCCUCCACUGAUCAGCGCACAGCAAGCCUCGCCAGGGUGCAUCAGUCCAAGCCUUCCCCCGCCACCUCUGAGGCUGAUCAAAAACUCUGUGGAGUCUGCUUCCAACUUUCACCUGACACAGUCUAAAUUGGGAACCAAAUCUAUUUCUUCUCAGUUGCUCCUCCAGUCCAAGGCAGAGUCUUUAAGUCAACAUGAGCUGAAAACACAGCUGGAACAAGACAGUAUCAUAGAAGCCCUUUUGCCUUUGAACAUGGAUGCCAAGAUCAAGCAAGAGGUAACUGAAGGGGACCUCAAGGCCAUCAUUGCAGGGACAGCAAACAAGAAGGCACCAACAAUGAGGAAAGUCUUGUAUCCGUGCCGCUUCUGUGACCAGGUGUUUGCCUUCUCAGGGGUGCUGAGGGCUCAUAUUCGGUCUCACUUGGGCAUCUCCCCUUACCAGUGCAACAUCUGUGAUUACAUCGCUGCUGAUAAGGCAGCGCUGAUUCGGCACCUGCGGACGCAUAGUGGGGAGAGACCUUACAUCUGUAAGAUUUGUCACUACCCCUUCACAGUGAAAGCCAAUUGUGAGAGGCACCUGCGCAAGAAGCACCUCAAGGUGACCAGGAAGGACAUAGAAAAGAACAUUGAGUACGUCACCAGCAAUGCGGCAGAGAUGGUGGAUGCUUUUUGUUCUCCGGACACUGUGUGCAAAUUCUGUGGUGAGGACCUGAAGCACUAUCGUGCUCUCCGCAUCCACAUGAGAACUCACAGUGGCUGCCAGAAGAAGAAGCCAUUUGAGUGCAAGGAGUGUGGCACAGCCUUCUCUGCCAAGCGAAAUUGCAUCCACCACAUCCUCAAGCAACACUUGCACGUGCAAGAGAAGGAGAUCGAGAACUACAUCCUGGCUGUCGACUACAGCCCUCAGGAGAACCAGGCAGACCCUCCUUUACUGGAGGACAGCACUUACCUGGACUGCAAACCUAUCGCACCAUUCCUGGAACCACAAAAUGGCUUUUUGCUGGGAGCCCCAUCGCAUGUUCCAGUCAAACUUGAGCCUGCAAGUACCUUCCCGAUGGAUUUCGAUGAGCCCUUAGACUUUUCUCAGAAGAACAAAAACUUGAGCGCAGUGCAGGUGAAGCAGGAGAACUUGUUCAGCACCUCCCCUUUGUCUCUCUAUGAUUGUUCCAUGGAGCCCAUAGACCUGUCAAUUCCCAAAGCCGUAAAGAAAGAUAAAGAUGAUGUCCCCAGUGAAGCCAAGAAACAAGAGCAGGCUUCUUUUGGGAACAGCGACACACCCUAUAACUGUCAGCAGUGCCCUCCGGCUGUCAGUGCCAACGGGAACGUAGAGAACAGAGCGCUCAAACAUUCCCAGCCACUGAAGGGUCCAUUGCAUUUGACUGUCCCAAUCAUUUCCCCAGCUCUUCUUGGCAACUCUGCCUUGCUGCGACCCUUGAGGCCUAAGCCGCCACCUCUUUUGCCAAAGCCUCCUGCAACUAAAGAGUUGCCGCCACUGGCUUCCAUCGCACAGAUCAUUUCUUCUGUGUCUUCUGCUCCUGCUUUGCUGAAAACGGAGGUUACAGACACCAGUCCCAAAGCAGCAAGCAGCUCUACUGGGUCUGAUAAAUCAGGGAACUCCAAACCAAAAGCGACCAUGAUGACGGGCAUCCAGAAAGACUCCAGCAUUCCUAGUGACCUUACGCAGAAAGCGUAUGAUCCAAAUAGUCUAGAGAAGUCUGAAAGUGCCGACGCUGGCUUGGCUAAAAAAAGGGGUAGGAAGAAAGGAACAAAAAACAAGCCUAAAGUGAGUGGUGCUGUGGACUUAGAGUCAAGUGGGGAGUUUGCUAGCAUAGAGAAGAUGCUGGCUACCACAGACACUAAUAAAUUUAGCCCAUUUCUGCAGUCCACGGAUGAUUUCAAAGAAGUUGACAGAAAUGGAACAAGUGAAGAUGAGAAGGAAAUGGCGGAGGAGAAACUGCUGAGAGGAAAAAGGAAUGCUUAUUUGAAUUGCCUGCAAAAGAUCAUCUGUCCUCACUGUCCCCAGGUUUUUCCAUGGGCAAGUUCCCUGCAACGACACAUGCUCACUCACACAGACAACCAGUUGGACCUGGAGGCUUUAGCUGCAACAAAUGAGGUGCUGGACCUGACUUCCUGUGAGAGAGAUCGACCAGAGGAAGAAACAGAGCUACCAGAAAAUGAAUGCAGUCCCAAAGAGGAGCAAAAGUCUGACUCAUCCCCAGGAGAAGAGGGUGCACAAGAAAAAUCAGAUGAGUAUGAAGAGGGGCCGGAGGAAGACUCUGUAAGUAACAGAAGCCUCGAUCUCAAUUUUGCCAGCAAGCUGAUGGAUUUUAAACUGGCAGAGAGUGACCAGAGUGCAGGCAGCAGCUCUCAGACUGAAAAGAAACAUGCCUGUGAUGUUUGUGGAAAAUCUUUCAAGUUUGCUGGCACUCUUGGCCGGCACAAAAAGGCUCAUACUCAUGAGGAUCGAAAAGAUGAAAAGAGCAGCGAGGAUGAAAGCAGAAGUGUUCAAGAUGAAGCCGGAGUUCCCCCAGGACUGGACUCCACUCUUGACCAGGAAGAGCCCCCGAUGGACUUAAAGGUGGUAGAAUCUCCAGUGGACUGUGAGGCACCAGCAAAGGAAAAUGAAGAGAGUGAAAGCGUCUCUGAGGGAGAGAGCGCAGGGAGAAAGUCCACUGAGAAGAGUGAUGAUGACAAAAAACCAAAGACCGAUGGGGCUAAGAGUACCACAAAAGCAGACAAAAGGAAGAAAGUCUGUACUGUGUGCAACAAGCGGUUUUGGUCUUUGCAAGACUUGACACGACACAUGAGGUCUCAUACAGGGGAGAGACCGUACAAGUGUCAGACCUGUGAACGGACCUUCACUCUGAAACACAGUCUGGUUCGUCACCAGCGCAUACACCAGAAGAUCAAGAAUGCCAGGAACCAUGGCAAGGAGAGUGACAAAGAAGAAAGCCAGUCUCGGUGUGAAGAAGACAGUGAGAAUGAGUCUAGCCACAGUGGCACUAACCCCAUCUCAGAAAAUGAGUGCGACUCCGUUGCAGGCCUUGGUGACUCUUCAUCUGUCCCUAGAAGCCGAAAAGAAAGUCAGGCCAAUGCAGCGAAGGAAUCUUUUUGCAAAGAGGAGAGAAGCAGUGGACGAAUAACCAGCACUUGCCUUGCAGAGUCCAGCAAGAAUGCACAGAAACAGAUCCCGAAAGAUCAGGAAUCACGGGGGAACUCUGAUCACGAGAGACCUUCGGGUUUCAUUCAGGACUUGCUGGAGAUGCACAAUAAAAAAUCUCCGAUGAAUCACAUUCUUGCCUCUGCAGACAGUGCACCUCAGCUUUUGGGAGUUGAAUGACUUGCUAUGAAAUUGGACCUAUCCCAGCACACAAACUAAAGCCAGCAGAGCAAGUUUUUUUGGAGUGGUUUGUAAGAGUGCCCUUCAGAUGUGGGAGAGUUAUGGCAGACUGGAGUCUGUGCCAUAUGCCUUUCAGUAUAAUAAUGCAAGAGACUACAGUAUAUACUGAUUUGAGUGCCUUACUACUUUAUUAGAUCUUUUGGUAUGAUAGAAUUUUUUCAAAAAUGAUUUUUUAAUAUUUUAAUGAAUUAUUUGGAGAGGACCCUUUUCAUUUAAGCAUUAAUAUUACCUUUUGUAUUGGUGUGUGUGAACUUGUUCCUGUAUAUCUGUGAGAGUCGCUGUGUUUUGUUCUCUGAGCUGGAAAUGGGGGCAGUGGGUAGGGAAGCCCUUGGAUACUGCAGCCAAUAACUGGAAGAAAAUUAUGUGAAUUUCAUACAAAUUAAUCAGAGGAAAUAUAGAUGAGACAUUGAGAUCUUUUUUUUUCCUCAGUUGAUGUUCUUGCAUUUGCCACAUGGUGGAGCAUUAAUCCAGUUCCAGAUGUUAACGACAGGGCAGUUGAAGGUGUUCAAAGUGGUUCAAGCCAAAAGCAGGAAACAGUUUCAAUCUCAUACUUGUUUCCACUUUUCAGCAUUAGAAAUGGUAUUCUAGUAACUAGGGUUGUUUUUUUUUUUCCCCUGGCCAUUGUGGACUGAGUAUACAGAGAAGAGUUACAUAGCAACUUAACCUAUGGAAAUUACGCACCAGCUGUUAUAUAUGUUUGAUUUGCUUCGGUAUAUUAUUAUUAUUAUUAUUUUAUUGUUAUUUUAUAAAUUCAUCAGUUUGCUCGUCUCUGCAGUCAGCAGAAACCAAUGGGCAAUAUUUGCCCACGGAGAUCUACAAUGCAGCUUGGAAGCCCCGUUUAAAUGUUUUUGACUCAAGUUUUCACCAGCUCCUCUCUCACGUCGCAGCUCUUUUACUGUACUUCAAAUGAAACCCUUCCUCUGACUGGAGAAUCCAAUGGAGGCCAGCAAGUUAUCAUCCAAAAUGUGCAGGGGAACAUCUCACUAGUGGUGGGUGGGUGGGUGGGUGGGUGUGUGUCUGUCCGUGUGUGUGCGCGUGUAUGAGAGUGAGAGAGAGAAAUGGAGAGAGAACGGAGGGAAGGAGAGCAUGCGGGGGAAGGGAGUUGUGAAAAAACCUUCCAAGUGCAUGAGAUAGGCACUGCAAAUACAAUAUGCAUUUUGUGGAGAUUGCAUCAGUGAUGACACUUGUUACUAAAGAGCAAAGUCAUUCAGUCUUCCAGUCAAAAGAAAGCAAGAAAGAAAUGCGAGCCGUACCGUGAUCUUGCUUGCCGUCAUGUUCUAAAGCAAGAAAAUACUACUGGUAAUAAAGCUACAAAUAUAUGUUAAAAAUGAAAUGAAAUAAAAUCAAUUACAUAAUUAAAAAAACAAACAAACCUUUUCUUCCUGAGAUUUUGGGGUUGAUGCUUGAAGACUAAGGCAUGUGUCUACAUUUCAUAUCAGUAAACUAACCCCUUGAAAUGCUGAGCGUUGGAAUUUCUCCGCAGACCUCGAUGUUGCCAGCCACUGGUGAUACUCCAACCACCAGGAUUUAAGGGGUUACGCCAAAUGUCUCCUACUGUAGCUGUGCAUUUUUAGGGAUGCUCAGCGUUUUGUUGUUGUUCUUGUUGUUUUUAUUGCCUCUGGGACAGACAGAGCCAUAGUAUUGCCGGAGCAUCACUGUGCUGUUCCACCCCGUCAGCCUGUUCUCUCACACUGUGAUCCUCCCUUCCCCCUGCAAAACCGCUUUGUUCUACUUUCAUUAGACAAGGAAGAUGUGGGCCUCAGAUCCCUAUCAUAGCUAAUAUAUAUGUAUCUCUCUCUCCCUCUCUCUCUCUGACUUCCCCACAUUUCUAGAGACUGAAAUCCAACUGCCCAGAACUCAAAGGAAGAAAAAUGUUGUUGAAUAAUGUUCUUGCAAAUAGAAUAAGAAAAAAAUGGUUGAGGUAUAUGUGAUUUUAUUUUUUUUUCAACUAGGGAUGUUUGGACCAGUUUUGAAACAAAAUUACUCCAGAUAAAUAAAAUAUCAGAACCAAUGAUUCAUUUAAAACUCUACCCAGGUGCGUCCUAUUUAGUUAAAACCAGUUCACACAUCCCUUAAUUUUUAUUAUAUUAUAAUUAUUAUAAUAAUAAUUAUUAUUAUUUUGGGUAUUUUGGUUUUUUGUUGUUUGUUGGUUUUUUGUUUUUUUUUGGUUUGGUUUGGUUUUUUUGCAACUCUCCACACUAAACUGCGCAAUAUUGUGGGGGAGAAGCCAUUACUAAACUAUAUGCUGCAGAACAUGUAGCAAGUAAUCAAUUCCCAGCAGCCUGCCGGGACAUCUGCUAGCAAUAAUCACUAUUGAUUUAAAGCUUUAUUUAGCCUUUAUCUAUAUCCUAGUAGAGUAUAAGGUCUUGCCACAUUUUAAUGACAUUUUUAUUAGUUGAGUUUGACUGAGAAUUUUUGUUGUUGUUGUUGUUGUUGUUUUUUUCCCCCCAAUAUUAAACUGUGAAAUUUAUAACAUGUUUAAACUAUGGGUGAAUCUUAUGCUUAGUUUGCAUGUUCAGCUAAUUUGUCUCUAUACAUUUUUUUUUUGGUUUGGAUCUUUUUAUUUUCCUCUCUCAGGGCUUUUACAAAAAUGGAUCUUCUGAAAUUCUUAUCUGAGUUGCAAUGGACUUAACAUUGAGAAAGUUCAAUCACUACAUUAAGCACUUGACUGUGAAAGCGCAAAAAAAAUUUUUUUUUAAAUCUAGGCUUAUGGCUAUUCUGAAGUAGCUUUUGGGGCUAUGGGACAGUCUGAUUCCAUUUUCAGAACGAUUCAUAAUUUUCUCUCUCCUUCUGUGUAUGUCUCUUUUCUCUACCCCUCUCUAUUCAAGAAGGAAGUUUAAUUCUAGUGAUUUCAGCCCACGCAGGAAACAAUAAUAAAUGUGUAGAAUUCAUAUUUUUCUAAAGGGAACUUAAACUGCUGCUACAAGUUGUGUACAAGACUGGUUUAUGCCACAUGAACAGAGAAUCACACAUUUGUUUUUGGUACUUUUAUUCCUCUUUUUAUUCAGUUGUACAGUACUUCCAAAUUCAAAAUAAAAGUAAAGCUGUUCUGUAUCAAACCAUCUAAGCAAUAAAAUGUUAUAUUUAAAAAUUA